AUGGGUAGAGAAAUAGUAAUUGGACUUGUCGGAAAACCAUCGAGUGGUAAAUCAACCACCUUGAACGCAUUAACGGAUGCAAAUGCAAAAGUUGGUGCAUUUCCAUUCACCACUAUCGACCCCAACAAAGCUACUGGGUAUUUGGAGGUGGAUUGCGCUUGUCAAAGGUUCAACAAACAAUCGAAAUGCAAACCGACUUAUGGCUACUGUCGAAACGGGAAACGUGGAGUGCCAAUCAUGCUUUUAGAUGUUGCUGGAUUAGUCCCCAAUGCUCAUCUCGGUCGAGGUUUGGGGAACAAAUUCUUGAGCGACUUAACAGAAGCUGAUUGUUUGAUCCACAUUGUUGAUGCUAGUGGAACCACUGAUGCUGAGGGGAAAGCUACUCGAGGUUAUGAUCCAUUGAAUGAUAUUGAAUGGCUACAAGAUGAAAUAUUCCAAUGGAUUUUGGGUAAUUUAAAAGAACGGUGGGGUUCAGUUGUACGAAGACAUGUUGGAACGAAAUCAUCAACAUUGGAGACGCUAAGGCAGCAAUUGGGUGGAUACGUAGCUAACAAGCAGAUGAUUGGUCGCGCAUUGGAUUUGAUAUCCGAUUUACCUCCAUUGCAAGAUUGGGAUGAUGAGAUGUUGGAGAGGGUGGUGAGAGCUUUCAUGGAGGUGAAAUUCCCCACGGUGCUAUCACUCAACAAAAUGGAUCACCCUGACGCGGAUAAAAAUGUAUCCAAGAUUAUAUUAAAAUACCCGAAAUCAAAAGCAGUGCUAACAUCUUCAAUCACUGAAGUGUUGUUGAGGAAAUUGGCUGCACAACAUUUUGUCAAGUACGAUCCAGGAACGGAAUUUGUAGACACCAAGGAGGAUCUACCAGAUGACCCUGACUUGAAACCAAUGGAUGAGAAAUUACAAAACAGGAUUGAAAAUAUCAGAGAUUUGGUGUUGUAUAGAUUUGGAUCAACUGGAGUGGUACAAUUACUACAAGCAGCUGCAGAUUUAUUGGAAUUGGUUCCAGUUUACCCUGUGAGGAAUAUAAACAAUUUUACUGGGUCAAGUGGUGAUUCGGUUUUCCGCGAUUGUAUAUUGGUCAAACGUGGUACCCCAGUUAUAUCAGUUGCAAGGAAAAUUAUGGGUGAUGUGACGAUUGCAGCAAUUGAGGGUGUUGGUGGAAUCAGAGUUGGUGAAGAUGAUACAGUAGACAAUGGAAAGAAUGAUAUAUUGUCGUUCAAAUUGGUGCCUGGAAGUCGGAACUGA